AUCACGACUAAAGAUCAAUGGAUUAAGGGCUAGCGGAAUCCAUUACUCCUUAUAUCGCUGCUCAGCUGUCGAAUUUCCUUUGUAAACUACAGCGCCAGCUCCUUAUUCAAGAUGGUGACGCCUAACACGACUCCAUAUAAGCCAUCUCCGCUAUCCUUUGGAUCACCCAGAUCGUCUCCUUUCAGACGGCAGUCUGCCGCAUCGUCUCCAACUACCGUCCGACCAAAUGUGUCGGCAAGCCCCGGAAACAAUCAAACAUCGCCCGGUCAAUCUCCAAGCAUGCUAAAUCAGCUACCUACGGCCAAAGAAGAAGAUGUCUUCGCGAACGGCAGUGGCUUGCCAGCAACACCAAGAUUUAGUGGUUUGCACCCAUCACCUACCCGCGGUGCGAGACCUCAAUCCCCAGAAUUCACCAACCCGACAAGCCUCAGAGCACGCGAAAGCCAAUCGGUGAACAGUGACGUGCUGUCUAGACUGCCCGCAGCACAGCUGCGAGAGAUGCGCGAGGCUUUUCAAGUCUUAGAUCGAGACAAUGACGGGCAAAUAAAUAAAGAAGACGUAGCUAAAAUCCUGAAUAAUUUGGGCCGGGACUCGUCCGCGUCCGUGACUGCAGCAUACUUCCCGCCGGGAGCACCACGGGCGAUGAACCUUCCUACAUAUUUAAAUACGAUAGCAGCCUUACUUGCACCUUUGUCCGACCCUCAAGAACUUCUUAAUGCAUUUGCAGCUUUCGAUGAGGACGACAGCGGGCAGAUUGACCUCGCUGAACUCAGAGAUGCCCUGCUUAACACUCUUCCAGAAGGCGAUGAAAGAAGGCUGACAGAAAGAGAGAUUGACGAAGUUGUUUUCGGUUUUACCGGGAGACGCGCUUUUGGUACAAAGGGUGCAAAAACGGCUAAUCUGAAUGCAUCAAGGCACCGCGCAGAAGUGUUUCGCUACCAGGACUUUGUCACGAAUCUGACGGGGCCGAGCCAGGGUACAAAGAACUCUGUGGCGAAAGCUUAA